UAAUUUUCAGACAAACUCCUGUUUUAAUCCCGUAAAAUGGCGGAACUGAAGGACGAGGCAGGACCCAGCUCCGCCUGGCCAAACCAUGCCAAGGAUUAUGAACUCAAGGAGGUCAUCGGAGUCGGAGCAACUGCAGUAGUUCAGUCUGCUCUGUGUUUGCCCCGUAAUGAAAGGUGCGCAAUUAAGCGAAUAAAUCUUGAGAAAUGGAAUACAAGUAUGGACGAAUUACUUAAAGAAAUUCAGGCAAUGUCCUCCUGUAACCACGAGAAUGUUGUUCGUUAUUACACAUCUUUUGUUGUCAAGGAGGAACUCUGGCUAGUUCUCAGGCUGCUCGAGGUUGGAUCUCUGCUGGAUAUAAUCAAGCACAAAAUGAAAGCUCAGGACUGUAAGGGUGGAGUGUUGGACGAGAUUGUUAUAGCAACAGUCCUCAGAGAUGUUUUACGAGGCUUAGAAUAUCUUCAUAACAACGGACACAUUCAUAGAGAUAUAAAGGCCGGAAAUAUAUUGCUCGGUGCUGACGGUCAGAUUCAGAUUGCGGAUUUUGGUGUCUCCGCCUGGCUGGCCGCUGGUGGAGACCUCUCGCGGGCAAAAUCCCGACACACCUUCGUCGGAACACCCUGCUGGAUGGCACCAGAGGUCAUGGAACAGGUUACAGGAUAUGAUUACAAGGCUGAUAUCUGGUCUUUUGGAAUUACUGCCAUAGAACUUGCUACAGGAACUGCCCCUUACCACAAGUACCCUCCUAUGAAGGUGCUGAUGUUAACCCUGCAAAAUGAACCCCCCACCUUGGACUCCGGAGCUGAAGACAAGGAGCAGUAUAAAGCAUUUGGAAAAACGUUCCGUAAGAUGAUAACUGAAUGCUUGCAAAAAGAUCCUGCUAAGAGACCGACAGCUGCGGAUUUGCUCAAACACGCAUUCUUUAAAAAAUCCAAGGAUAAGAAAUAUUUACAACAGGUUCUGGUGGUGGGAACACCGGCUCCUGAGACGAACCAGAGAGCUGUGAAGAAAACCAACCGAAAACCUGGAACAUCGGGUAGAUUGCAUAGAAAUGAGACCGGGGACUGGGUUUGGUCCUCGGAUGAGGACGACGAUGACGAGGAUCCAGCAGCCAAGAAGAAAACUUCUAAAUCUCCUAAACAGGUUUUAUUUAGAUAA